AUGGCUGAAAAUCCUAAGUCCUCUGUUUACGUCGGCAAUUUGGAUGAGAGAGUGAGCGAGAGGGUAUUGUAUGAUAUUCUGAUUCAAGCUGGGCGUGUUGUGGACUUGUAUAUUCCUCGUGAUAAGGAAACUGAUAAGCCAAAAGGUUACGCCUUUGCACAAUAUGAAUCGGAGGAGAUAGCUGAGUAUGCUGUCAAGCUUUUCACUGGACUUGUUACACUGUACAACCGGACAUUGAAAUUUGCGAUUUCUGGGCAAGACAAGCCCUCAGCAAAUUUGUCCAUCGCAACCCCACCUGUGGUUUAUUCUUCUCCUAAAUCGAGGCCUUACCCUGAACCAUAUAACAAUGUGGAAUUUUCUCCACAGUCUGCAAGGUUAUCAACAUUGUGCCGGUCUUCAGAGCACCAAAUAAAUUAUGCACAAGUGCCAGUUCGAUCUGGUGUAUCUGUACACCAACCUAAUGGAUAUAGAUCACACUAUGACAGCACCGAUAAUGAUUACAGACGAAGAUUAUUUGGGGCAGCGUCGCAUAGUAUUAGUCACGCUAGACCAGGACGCUAUGAUGAUAGGCGGUGGAUAUACCAUUCUGCUGCCUCUUAUGCAGACUUGUAUCCUUGUGUGCAAAUUCUUCGCCCAAAUUCUCUGUCUUUAAGAUGA